AUGGGUCGGAUUUCCAAACCGAUGAACAAACGUCGUAAGAUCACGGUCACAAAAGUCGAAGAGGUCAACUUCGACCCUGAUGCUCGCCAUGAAUACCUCACUGGUUUCCACAAGCGCAAGGUGCAACGCGCCAAGGUGGCGCAAGAGAUAGCGGUGCAAAAAGCCCGUGAAGAGAAAAGACAAGAUCGCAAAGUGAUGCGCGAGGAACGGGCAGCAGAGUUCAAACGGGCCAUCGAGGAGCACAAAAGACAACUUCAACGCCUCAAAGCAGAAGACGGCGGUAGUAGCGACGAAGAAGAAGAAGGCGAGGACAGCGAUGGAGAGUGGCAAGGCAUCGAAGAACCGCCACCGGUCGACUAUGAGGCUGAAUAUAUCGACGAAGACAAGUACACUACCGUGACAGUUGAAGAAAUGGAUCCUUCUCGUGAAGGUCUCCGCAAGUCUAUACAAGAAGAGGAUUCAGAUUUGGAGGAUGCUGAAAAAGCUGAAGCUGCUAAGACGACAGCUGAUACCGAGGAGAAAUCAGCUAAAAAACGCAAGAAGACGACCAGCUCAAUCAAGAAGAAGAAAAAGCAGUUCCGAUACGAAAGUAAAUCGGACCGCAAACUCAACCAGGUAAAGCAACGGAUAAACAAGAAUAAGAAGGCCAGCGCACGGAAAGAGGGUUGA